GGUGAAACCUGAACCCAGGUUGGGGGCGGGGCCGGCUCCUGCUGAGACCCGGGCGGCCUGUGCCUUCACCGCCCCUUUCCUCGCACCCCAGCCGGCUUCUGAAAGAGUAAGGUCGGGGUCCUCAAGUCGCUGGAGCAGGGUUCGUGAUGGAGCCCCCAGCCCGGGGUCGCGCCCCACCCUGAGCACUGCCCCCACCCCCCGCCGCCGCCCCAGGCGGCCAUGCUGCCCCGAGGGCGCCCCCGGGCUCUGGGGGCCGCUGCACUGCUGCUGUUGCUGCUGCUACUUCUGAUCGGUUUCUUUCUAUUCGGCGGGGACCUGGACUGUGAGCUCAGCGCGAGUUGGGGGUGGGGGGUGGGGCGCAGCCCGGGAUCCUUAUUCUGCUCGCUAAUGCCACGUGUACCUUCAGACGGGCGGCUGCGGCCGCUGGGGGCUGUCGCCCUCGACAGAGACCCGCCGGCGGACCACGGUGGCCACAACCGCUCCGAUUGCGUCCCGCCGCGGCCGCUGCCGCCCAAGUGCGAGCUCUUGCAAGUGGCCAUCGUGUGUGCAGGUCAUAACUCUAGCAGAGACGUCAUCACCCUGGUGAAGUCCAUGCUCUUCUACAGGAAAAAUCCACUGCACCUCCACCUGGUGACUGAUGCCGUGGCCAGGAACAUUCUGGAGACGCUCUUUCACACAUGGAUGGUGCCCGCUGUCCGGGUCAGCUUCUAUGACGCUGAUGAGCUCAAGCCCCAGGUCUCCUGGAUCCCUAACAAGCACUAUUCUGGCCUCUAUGGGCUAAUGAAGCUAGUGUUGCCCGGUGCCCUGCCCCCUGACCUGGCCCGUGUCAUUGUUCUGGAUACAGAUGUCACCUUUGCCUCCAACAUCGCAGAGCUCUGGGCACUCUUUGCUCACUUUUCUGACAAGCAAGUGAUCGGUCUCGUGGAGAACCAGAGCGACUGGUACCUUGGCAACCUCUGGAGGAACCACAGGCCCUGGCCUGCCUUGGGCCGGGGGUUUAACACAGGCGUGAUUCUUCUGCGGCUGGACCGGCUUCGGCAGGCUGGCUGGGAGCAGAUGUGGAAGCUGAUCGCCACGCAGGAGCUCCUUACCCUCCCCGCCACCUCACUGGCCGACCAGGACAUCUUCAAUGCUGUAAUCAAGGAGCACCCAUGGCUGGUGCAGCCCCUGCCCUGCGUCUGGAACGUGCAGCUGUCAGACCACACGCUGGCUGAGCGCUGCUACUCGGAGGCGUCUGACCUCAAGGUGAUCCACUGGAACUCACCAAAAAAGCUUCGCGUGAAGAACAAGCACGUGGAAUCCUUCCGCAACCUCCACCUGACCUUCCUGGAGUACGACGGGAACCUGCUGCGGAGAGAGCUCUUUGGGUGCCCCUGCCCGCCCCCUCCUGGGGCGGAGCAGCUGCAGCGGGCCCUGGCGCAGCUGGACGAGGAGGACGCCUGCUUUGAGUUCCGACAGCAGCAGCUGACCGUGCACCGCGUGCACAUCACCUUCCUGCCCCACAAGCCGCCGCCCCCCCAGCCCUACGAUGUCACCCUGGUGGCCCAGCUCUCCAUGGACCGGCUGCAGAUGCUGGAAGCCCUGUGCAGGCACUGGCCGGGCCCCAUGAGCCUGGCCUUGUACCUGACAGACGCAGAGGCCCAGCAGUUCCUGCGUUUCGUGGAGACCUCGGCGGUGCUCUCCGCCCGGCAGAAUGUGGCCUACCACGUGGUGUACCGCGAGGGUCCCCUCUACCCCAUCAACCAGCUUCGCAACGUGGCCCUGGCGCAGGCCCUCACGCCUUACGUCUUCCUCAGUGACAUUGACUUCCUGCCCGCCUACUCCCUCUACCACUACCUCAGGGCCUCCAUCGAGCAGCUGGAGCUGGGCACCGGUGGGCGGAAGGUGGCCCUGGUGGUGCCAGCAUUUGAGACCCUGCACUACCGCUUCAGCUUCCCCAGUUCCAAGGCCGAACUGCUGGCCUUGCUGGACGCCGGCUCUCUCUAUACCUUCAGGUACCAUGAGUGGCCCCGGGGUCAUGCGCCCACAGACUAUGCCCGCUGGCGGGAGGCCCAGGCCCCGUACCGCGUGCAAUGGGCAGCUGACUACGAGCCCUAUGUGGUGGUGCCACGAGACUGUCCCCGCUAUGAUCCCCGAUUUGUGGGCUUUGGCUGGAACAAGGUGGCCCACAUCGUGGAGUUGGAUGCACAGGAAUACGAGCUCCUGGUGCUGCCCGAGGCCUUCAUCAUCCACCUGCCACACGCCCCAAGCCUUGACAUCUCCCGCUUCCGCUCCAGCCCCACCUAUCGUGACUGCCUCCAGGCCCUCAAGGAUGAAUUUCACCAGGACUUGUCCCGUCACUACGGGGCUGCUGCCCUCAAAUACCUCACUGCCCUGCAGCAGCCCCGAGGCCCCACCUGACUGCACCCCUGCCUGUCUCCACGACUCUCACGCACUCCUUGCAGACACUGGAGCAGCCUUGCUGCCACCCCUCCCUCUCUGCUAUUUAAGUUAUUUAAGUCCCUGGGAAGGACUGUGAUGGGACGCCCGUGGGGUGGGGCCCGGGGCUUCCCUUUGCUGCUAUUCUGUGCUUGGGGGUCUCGUGUUCCUCUGCCCCAGCUGGUUUGGGGCUGGUUCCUACUUCCUCAACUGUAACAUCCCUUUUUUAUAAAUAAAGUUUUAACAGCACUGUU